UAUAUAUAUGUAAGGAGAUCGAGCACGCUGAAUACAGAAUUGAAGCGCAGUUGCAUAUGGCCUCCUCCUCAGUUCCAAAGUACGAAGUCUUCUUGAGCAGCUCUAGCAAGGAUGCAGACAAUUUUUCAUACCUUUUACACAAAGGUUUGGAGGAUAAAGGAAUUCUCACUCUCAGAGGCAACCAAGAGGUUGAGGGAGGAGGCACAGCUUCCCUAGACGUAAUCAGACAAUCGUGGUCGGCCAUAGUCAUUAUCUCGCCAGACUAUGCUUCUUCCCCUUGGCUCCUGCAACAACUUGUACAGAUUCUUCAAGCAAAUAAUCUAUAUGGUAUGAAAGUUUUACCAGUUUUUCACCUUGUCAAUCCCUCCGAUGUCCGACACCAAAGGGGAACCAUUGGGGAAAGCCUGAAGAAGCACGUACAAUACCAGGUCGAAGAGAUAAACAGAUGGAGGCAAGCUUUGGCAACGGUGGCAAAUUUCAGUGGAUGGAAUACUGGGGACGCCAAGGAUCAAACACGGGUUAUUAAAGAAAUCGAGGAAUACGUCUUGAAACGCAUACCACGCUCCAGUGAGGAAAAGUGCCAAAAAGACAAAGAAGAUGUUGGUAGACACUGGAAACUCAAGCUCAAUCAUCGAAUCAACAAUUUACCAGAUCUAGAGAAGCUUGCGCCGUCCCCGCCGCCGCUCGUCGGCAUCCGCCGCAUCCGCCUCUUAGUCACCUGCCCCCACCCCCAGCCUCUGCCGCCCCCGCCCCCGCCCCGGCAGUAGACGAGGUCACUAGCAAUAUCAGUGUCGAGGAGCAGAGUAUUGAGCAAAAUGUGGACGAGGUCACCAGCAAUAUCAGUGUCAAGGAGAAUAUCAUCAGCAUUGGUGGCAAUGGGCACAUCAAUGAGCGUGAGGAGCAAAAGGGCACAGCGCAUGCUACAUCAGCAGAGUGGAAGUUCUUACUCUGUACCCUCGGCCUCGAGAUUUUUUCUGCUGGUUUUGAUCAAGCUUCUUCGCCAAGCAAACCCCACUUUGCAUUAAUUGGAAUGCUGCUUGCUGUUGCAGCUGUAUUCACUUGCAUUUGGGAGCUCAUUCAUAAGAACAGCCUAGUACCGAAGAGGUGGCAAAAACUGCAGUAUAUAUAUUAUCUACGUCCUUCUGACACUUUCUUCGAAAGUCACCUAGACAUUUAUGGAGUAGUUAGUAGCAUCUCUCAAUGCGUUUUCUCCACAGUACAGUAUAUAUACUUCUUUCAGCAUGCUGAUAGUCCUAUCAGAUUAUCCGCCUUACCUGCCCUCUAUCUCAUGUGUUUGGUUGGUUCAAGACUCUGGAAGAACCGUUGGAGUGAACGACCUACCCUUGUAGCUAGCUAGAUAGUUCUUCGACAAAGGGUCUGAAAAACUAACAAGACCCUUGAACAUAAUUGUGAGCGAGCAAUUAAUUAAAGAGAAUGUUUCUUAUUUUGAGAAAAACAAAGGACUAGAUGAGGGCACAUAAUCCGCCAUUAGUGAAGAGCUGUUUCCCUUUCAUUAAUGUCUGUAUUUGUUUGUAAUUGAGUCUAGCAUUGACAGAAUCCUACCAUAAAUUUAAUUAUGUCAGAAAUGCCUGCUGAGAGGAGUUUGAUAUCCUCCUGAUGAAGUUUGUACAUGUUAUUUGUUGACUUGUGAGUCAUGCAGCAAAAAUGUUGACAAUCUUGACAGUAAAAUCUUGAAUGUUAAUACAGCCACAUUGUAUGA